AUGAAGGAGCAGUAUGCAAGGGUUCAAGACUAUGCACAUGAGCUAAGAAGAGUGAAUCCAGCCACCACAGUAGACAUCGAAUGUGAUUGCAACAACUCAGAGCAGCUUCCUGUGUUCCAGAGAAUGUAUGUAUGUUUAGGGGCUUUAAAAAUGGGGUUCAAGGCAGGAUACAGACCCAUUUUGGGACUUGAUGGAUGUCACCUGAAGAGUGCCUAUGGUGGACAACUACUUGCAGCUGUUGGACUUGAUGCAAACAAUACAACCUAUGUGAUGGCAUUUGCUAUGGUGGAGCAGGAGAGCAAGGAUAGUUGGGACUGGUUUAUGAGACUCUUGGUGAAGGAUCUAGAUAUUACUAGUGAAGGGAAUGACUACACAUUCAUUUCAGACAAACAAAAGGGUCUGUUGCCAGCUUGUGAUGAUGUGGUGCCCCUUGCAGAGCACAGGUUUUGUGUUAGGCACCUGUGGACCAACUUCAACAAGCUCUUUCCUGGGAAAAUGUUAAAGGACCAAUUGUGGGCAGUUGCAAAGUCAACUACCAUGGCUUAUUAUCAAAAAGAGAUGGUUUUAAUGAACCAAAUGGAGCCUGGAGCUUAUAAUUGGCUAACUGAUCCACAAAGACCACCUAAGCAUUGGUGUAGAGCUCACUUCAACACCUGGCUGAAGUGUGAUGUGCUUCUCAACAACAUGUGUGAAAGUUUUAAUGCUUUCAUCCUGCCUGCAAGGUCCAAGCAUGUGAUCUCCUUCUUUGAGGAUAUUAGGAUGAAACUGAUGAAAAUGAUUGCAUUGAGGAGAGAGAAGAUGAACAAAGUUGUGGACACAAUCUGCCCCAAGCCAAGAGAGCUUUUGGAGAAGAACAUGGUUAAGUCAUCAUCAGACUGCAUCCCAAGGGGUACUGGCACACCAUUAAUUGAGGUGGAAAGCAUUAGAGGAAGAAAAUAUGUUGUUGAUCUGACAAAAAGAGCAUGUGCUUGUAGGAGGUGGGAUCUCACUAGCAUACCUUGCAAGCAUGUCAUUGCUGCUAUAAACUUCAUGAGGGAGAAGCCUGAAGACUAUGUGGAUGCAUGCUACCUCAUAACCACCUACAUGGACGUCUACUCACAUACAGUGAAGCCAUACAAUAGGCAGCCUGGCAGGCCAAGGACCAAAAGGAUCAAGGAUGCAUCUGAGAAGGAGACAGAUGGUCCCAAACUUGGAAGGGUUCAAAAGUCUUUGAAGUGCAGCAAGUGUGGCAAUUUGGGUCACAAUGUGAAGACUUGUCAUAGGCAUCUUCCACCCAAGCCAGGAGCAGCUAAGAGUACCAAGAAGAGAAAGCUAAACAAUGGAGAUGCUUCAUCCUCUCAGGCAAAAGGUACCAAACUGCCUCAAAAGACAAAGAAUGAACUUAGAGCUAAGGCAGCAAAGAGAGCUGAAGAUGCAAAGAAAAAGAGGGAUCAAAAGAAGGCUGCAACAAAGGCAGCAGGUACAGCUGCUCCUAGCAGGGCAAGGCCACCAAAAGUUGCUUCAAACAAUGGCAAAGCAGCUUCUAGCAAGGGAAAAGCUCCUUCUGCACCACAAGGUUCCCAAGGUUCAUCAAGGUCAUCAGUGAGGAUCAGGAAUAAUGCAAGGAGUGCUGGAAAUUAG